GGAUGGCCCAAAAGAAAUAUCUUCAAGCAAAAUUGACUCAGUUUUUAAGAGAAGACAGAAUUCAACUUUGGAAGCCUCCAUAUACAGAUGAAAAUAAAGAAGUUGGUUUGGCACUAAAGGACCUUGCUAAGAAGUACUCUGACAAGCUAGAAUGUUGUGAAAAUGAAGUAGAAAAGAUAAUAGAAGAAAUACGUUGCAAAGCGAUUGACCGUGGAACAGGAAAUAAAAAUUACAGAACAACAGGGAUUGCUACAAUUGAGGUGUUUUUACCUUCAAGACUAAGAAAAGAUAGGAAAAACUUAUUGGAGACCCAGUUGCACAUCACUGGCAAAGAAUUGAGGUCUAAAAUAGCUGAAACCUUUGGAUUUCAAGAAAAUUAUAUCAAAAUUGUCAUAAAUAAGAAACAGCUUCAACUAGGGGAAACCCUUGAAGAACAAGGAGUGACUCACAACGUAAAAGCGAUGGUGCUGGAACUAAAGCAGUCUGAAGAGGAUGCGAGGAAGAAAUUCCAGGUGGAGGAAGAGGAGCACAAUGAGGCUGAACUAAAGGAAAAACGAAUUCAGAGGACUAAGAGAGGAUUAGAGAUACUGGCAGAGAGAGCUGAGAUGGUGGUGGAUCCAGAAACUACACCAUACUUAGACAUAGCUAACCAGACAGGCAGAUCAAUCAGAAUUCCCCCAUCAGAAAGAAAAGCCCUUAUGUUAGCUAUGGGAUAUCAUGAGAAGGGCAGAGCUUUCCUGAAAAGAAAAGAAUAUGGACUAGCCUUGCCAUGUCUGUUGGAUGCUGACAAAUAUUUCUGUGAGUGCUGCAGAGAGCUGCUGGACACAGUGGAUAACUAUGCCGUGCUCCAGCUAGAUAUAGUGUGGUGUUACUUCCGCUUAGAGCAACUGGAAUGCCUUGACGAUGCAGAAAAAAAAUUAAACUUGGCCCAGAAAUGCUUUAAAAAUUGUUAUGGAGAAAAUCAUCAGAGACUGGUUCACAUAAAAGGAAAUUGUGGGAAAGAGAAGGUAUUGUUUUUAAGACUCUACCUGCUUCAAGGUAUCCGAAACUAUCACAGUGGAAAUGGUGAAGAGGCUUGUGAGUAUCUCAACAAGGCACGUCAGCUUUUUAAAGAGCUAUAUAUUGACCCAGCAAAAGUCCAGAAUCUGAUGCAGUUGGGAUUUACUGCCCAGGAAGCCCGGCUUGGCCUAAGGGCGUGUGAUGGGAAUGUGGAUCACGCAGCCACUCAUCUCACCAACCGCAAAGAGGAACUGGACCAAAUAAAAAAAGAGGAAAAAGAAAAGAAAAGACGCCACCUGGACAGCAUAAACUCUCUGAAAGGGAUGGGCUACUCCAUGCAUGCAGCCAAACAGGCCCUGCAUCAGGCCAGCGGGAACCUGGAUGAAGCCCUGAAGAUUCUCCUCAGUAAUCCUCACAUGUGGUGGUUAAAUGAUUUAGAUCCAGAAACCAACAACCAUGGAGAAAGUCCUUCCCAGGAAAACAUUGACCAACUGGUGUACAUGGGUUUUGAUGCGGUAGUGGCCGAAGCUGCGCUGCGAGUGUUCAGGGGCAACGUGCAGCUGGCAGCUCAGACGCUGGCUCACAGCGGAGGAAGCCUGCCCCCCGACCUGCAGCUCUCGGUGGAGGACUCUUCAUCAACACCGUCCACGUCCCCUUCAGACUCCGCAGGAACCUCCAGUGCCUCAACAGAUGAAGACAUGGAGACAGAGGCUGUCAAUGAAAUACUGGAAGACAUUCCAGAACAUGAGGAAGAUUAUCUUGAUUCAACUCUGGAAGAUGAAGAAAUUAUUAUUGCAGAGUACUUAUCCUAUGUAGAAAGUAUAAAGUCAGCAACAAAGAAAAACUAAAUGAUGGACAGAAAUAAGUACUGAGUUUCUGCUUAUAAAUUCUAUCACUAUGAAAAGUCUAA